AUGAGCGAUGGGCAUAGUCAUCCCCAGGACGAGACAGCCGAUUCUCCAAAUCACACACAAGACCAAGAAGUCUUCGAGAAUACUUCGCUAAGGAGAGCACCCAGAAACUCCUCGAACGAUCCGAACUUUACCACCACGCAACGUGUAGUAGCUGAAUUUGAGCGUGCAAUAUUUUCUGCGGCAGAGAGCAUUCCAGGGCCAGAGGAGCAAGAUGCCUGGAUUUCCUCGUGUCUCAGUCAUCUGAGUAUGUUAGACCAGCUCAGCUGCGUCAAUAAGGGCAAUGGAACGGGCCAGGAAGGCCAGUCCAAUGCCUCAUAUGGUCGUAAUCGCGCGAUCCGGGCGAGAUCCUUCGAGACCACCGAAACCCCGGCAGCUGUCAAUCUUCAGGCGACACACGCAUUGAGUCUCGAUUCAUCCCCUUCCCAACCGUCAAGUGAGCCCAUAUACCAAGAAGGAGCCACCGAAGAGGCUAGCCCGGGGGGGCAAAAUGUCGGCUAA